AAACACUGAUGAGGAACAACACAGUCCACUCCAGGAGAGAAACUAGAGUUAGUUUGUUGGCGUCUAAACGACACUGAAACUGUUUGAAAGUGUAAAUGAAAAUAUUGAAAGGAGUACAACCUACAAAAUGCACAGAAAAGAUGGACAAACCACUGAUUGUAUCUACGAAAAUGAUGAUGAUGUUAUUAAAGAUAAGUUUGGAAAAGAGAUCACAGACUCAGCGCAAGGCAAAUCAUCUGAAUGCACAGGAAGUGAUUCUGUGAGGAACAGAAGCUCCAGAGCCGCUGCAGUGUGUUUGGUGUUGCUGUGUGUUCUUCUGCUGACUGCAGUCAUAGUGCUGUGUGUUCACAUCCAUACAAAGAGCACAAACUACACAGAAGAGAGAAACCAGCAAAUAUCCAAAAAUGAAAACCUGAACAAUGAGAGAAACCAGCUAAUAUCCAAAAAUGUUAACCUGACCAAUGAGAGAAACCAGCUAAUAUCAAAAAAUGUAUACCUGACCAUUGAGAGAGACCAGCUAAGAAAUCAUCUUCAGAGUUCUGAUGGAUGGACUUACUAUAAAUCCAGUUUUUACUACAUGCCGAAUGAGACGAAGAGCUGGAAUGAGAGCAGAAGAGACUGUAGAGAGAGAGGAGCAGAUCUGAUCAUCAUAAACAACAGAGAAGAACAAGAUUUUGUUAAGAACAUGACUGGUAAAGCUGUAGUCUGGAUUGGUCUGACUGACAGUGUUGAGGAGGGUAAAUGGAAAUGGGUUGAUGGCACCAACAUGACCUCUAGCUUCUGGGGGAAAGCAUCUGGAGAGCCAUGCAGAGCCUAAUGGAGGUAAAGCAGAGAACUGUGGCCUGACUGUGGCUGUGCCUUCAUUGCCAGCGUGGGGUAAUUUAGUAGGGUGGCUUGAUGAUGAAUGUCCUAAAGCUUUUCAAUGGAUCUGUGAGAAGAGCAUUUCACAAAAUGUGAAAAUUUUGUGAGCAUUUUUUUUUUUUAUUAAAAAUUUUACAAAACUACUGUAAUAAUUUGUUAUUUAAAGCAGUGUUUCUCAGCCUUGUUCCUUGAGGACGCUCCGCUGAUUUAUAUAAAUGACUGGAUUAACGUCAUACAAAGUGAAGCCACCAUCUCCCAAAUUGGCAUUUCCUAGUAUUUUAAGUCAACAUUCAAUUGAAUCAAAAGUAUUUUUUAUUUAAUUUUUUUUAUUAUUAUUUUUUAAUGAGAAAACUUUAUCUAACGAGUCAUUAAUAUCUACUCGUUUAUAGUUUAAGGUUUUUUUGUUUGUUUGUUUUAAACUUCCCCUGCUAAUUUAAAAGUGAACUGUCCAUUACAGUAGGGAAUUUCAGACCAACUGAUGGACAAGACACCUCAACAUUUGUAAUACAAAUAUCAAAAUGAUUCUUCUGAAAUCUAAACACAGAUUUAUGUUUUGUAAGGGAUGCACAUAUCCCUUACAAGAGGGUUAUGUGCAGAUGAAAAUUAGCUUAAAGCUAUCUUUGUCUUGUGUAACACAUUUGUUGUCCAAUGUCCCUGUCAAAUAAACAAACAAACAAAUAAACAAAUAUAACUUAGUUCGCCAUGUUAUUCACUAUGAUUAUGCCACUUGUUAGCCUACAUAUUUGUAAUCAUAGAUUAACUGUAAAUGAUUCAAA